UCCAUCGAGGGGCCAAGGGGUAUCUUCGUCUUCUGGGAGGUGCAGCCAGGGCGCCCCUGUGAAAAGGCCACGCACGCAGGAAGAACUUGAACUCGAGGAGGAGCUGGUCCCUGUGGAAGUGGCACAUGCGGCUGCUACGGAGCAACAUGAAAUGUCUGAGGAGGAGGAGGAGGAGGAGGAGGAAAUGGAGAACCCAGAAGAGGAGGAAGAAAAUUUUGACGAGGAAGAAGAAGGGAGCGAGGAAGGAGCGGAAGAGGAAGAAGAGGAAGAUCGAGAAGAGGAGGGAGACGAGGAAGAGGAGGAAGAUCCAGAAGAGGAGGAAGACGAACAGAGAACCCAGAAUACUCAGAACACUAUCGAUGUUCUGGCUAAGGUCAAGCAGUCCAUGGAGUACUUCGCUUGCAUGUGGACGAUCACGUUGGUCGCCACGCAUGUCGAGCUGUUUCUUCAGACCUCAGAGAAAGAAAAGUACGAGUCGUUUGGAGAGGUUAUUCACUUCGCGUCGGCGAAGAACAGCAUUGAGGACAUCACACUCGUUUGGCUGGUGGUGGGGACGAAAAUGGUGCAGUCUGUUCUCAGGCAUGCGAAGAUGGUAGUGUGGGAGAAGAAACUCGAUGCCCGGCAGAACAACGUUGUUAAAAAGGACUUCAGGAAUCCUUUGUCCUUCUCUUUGGUCAUCUACGACUUCCCUUACGGCUUCAAUCUUCCGAUGUCAGCAGAUGACACUCAACCUUUUCCCGAGGACGACAUUGUCCAUGUCCUGCAGAACGUGAAGGAGGUGUGCACAGGGCCACUCUGGACGGUUGCUGGGUUCUGCUCCGUGGACAUGCUCUCUUAUAUCAGGAAUGCCUUUGCCAGGGUUUGCAAUGCAGGCCAGGAGGUGGUCACAUGGUGCAAGCCGAAUGUCAUGAAUACAGGUGGCCCUCGUCUUGUCAGCGCAACUGAGUUCUGUGUGAUUGGUUACUACUGCGUGACUGGUUCACGGGAGGCGGCCCACUACAAUUUCGCCUCUACGGAUCCUCGCCAUAACUACGGUCUUUUUGAUGCUGUGAUGAAGAAGUACAAUCACCCUCUCGACCUUGCAGUCAUGUGUCCGUACCAGAAGCCAGUCGCCCUGUACGCUUGGCUGGUAGACAAAUUUUCCCCUCCUGGCUCGUACGUCAUCGAUGGCUUCUCAGGCUCUGGAACUGGGGCAAUUGCCUGUGUUCUUCGCAACAGGAAUUGCUUAGUUGUCGAGAAAAAUGGUCGGUGCGUCGUCAGUAUUCGGGCGCGCAUUCUCAAUGACAUUGGACUUACCAUCGACAGAGAAUGUAGAGAGAGAGACAGAUUAGUGCCUCGUGUGUGUGUCUACGCUUUCACUGCUCUCUGCAUGCCCAUCUGAGAGAGAGUGAGAAACAGAGAGAGGGAGAUCUUCGCGGUGAGGGUUUACCUACGGUAGCGCCAGA